AUGGCGCCCAAGGCAAAGAAGGGCAAGAAGGCAGCUGACGAUUGGGAAGCCGACCUAGGCGAGUCCAUCGCACCCACCAACGGCGAUGCCCCCGCCGCUGCUGCAGAUGGCGAAGAGGCCAAGGAAGGCGAGGCUGAUGCGCCCGUCGGUGGCCUUAUGGCCAUGAUGAAGAAGAACCGUGAGAAGCGCAAGAAGAAGGGUCUCUCUGAGGACUUCGUCGACGAAGCUGCUGCCGCGGCCGCUGCUGCUAAAGCCGCUGAGCCGGUGGAGGACCUGACGGCGAAGGCCCCGACCGAGGCGAACUUGGACGACGAAUUUGCACUACCGGACAAGAAGGGUAAGGGCAAAGGAAAACAGCCCGCUGCUGCUGCAGCACCGGCGUCGAAGGCUGCCGUUGAAGAGACUGGCGAGAGCGGUCGAGUACUCACCAAGGCCGAAAAAGAAAAGCUGAAGAGGGAACGAGAGAAGUUGAGGAAGAAGGAAAAUGCUGCGAAGAAGAAGCCAGCCGUUGCUCCCAAGGCCGAGGCCGCAAUUCCCGUCGUCGCGGAAAAGAAGGAGGCCGCAGUGGCGGUCCCUGCUGCAGAACCUGCUGGUGGCAAGAAGGGCAAGAAGCUGCCACCGCACCUUGCCGCGAUCCAGAAGCAACAAGAAGAGCUUCGACGGAAACGAGAAGAGGAAGAGCGACUCGCCGCCCUAGAAAAGGCCCGCAUCGAGGAAGAGGAGAAGCGAGAUGCCGAAGAACAGGCGCGGAAAGAAGAGGAGAAGGCUCGUAAGAAGCAAAAGGAGAAGGAGAGAAUAGAUCAGCUCAAGAGAGAGGGCAAGUACAUGAGUGCUAAGCAAAAAGCCGAGAAGGCUGCGAACGAGCGGAAACUGCAGCAGAUGAAGGCUGCCGGUCUCCAAGUGGGCCCUCAGGAGGGUGAAACUCCGAAGAAGAAGCCUGACAACCAGAAAAGGGGCAAGAAAGCCAACCAAAAGGUUGAUGAGGAAAAGGCCCUGGCGGAAGCCGCUGAGCGUGCGAGGCUUCAAGCUGAAGCGGCUCUGAAGGAGGCCGAAGAAAAGGCCGCCAAAGAGGCUGCCGAAAAGGAAGCUGCUGCUAAAGCUGCCGCGCAGAAGGUCGAAGAUGACCUGGAAGAUGACUGGGAGGCUGCUGCUGCAUCUGACAAGGAAGAUGUGAAGGACAGCUGGGAUGCCGACUCCGAUGAUGAAAAGACACAAGCCAACGGCAACGCAGUACCAAAGACAGAAAAGUCUCUACCCUCGAGGCCGAAGCCUGAGAACUCCGACUCUAACUCCGAGUCUGAGUCCGAGUCUGAAUCUGAAUCUGAGGAGUCUGAAGACGAGGAGCAAUCUGCAAGAAAAGCGGCCGAGGAUCAACGAAAGAAAGAAGCUGCCGAAAGACGUGAGAAAGCACACGAAGCCGCUAUGGCAGCAAGGUCAAAGGACAACCUUCGAUCACCUAUUUGCUGUAUUCUGGGACACGUCGAUACUGGCAAGACUAAACUGCUCGACAAGAUUCGCCAAACCAACGUGCAAGAAGGCGAGGCAGGUGGUAUUACGCAACAAAUUGGUGCUACGUACUUCCCAGUGGAAGCCAUAAAGCAAAAGACUGCUGUCAUCAACCGUGAUGGUAGCUUCGACUUCAAGGUUCCUGGUCUGUUGAUCAUUGAUACCCCUGGUCACGAGUCUUUCUCCAACCUGCGGUCUCGUGGCUCAUCCCUUUGCAACAUCGCCAUUCUGGUUGUCGAUAUCAUGCAUGGUCUCGAGCCUCAGACCCUCGAGUCGAUGAAGUUGUUGCGUGACAGGAAGACUCCUUUCGUUGUCGCACUCAACAAGAUCGAUCGCCUAUACGGCUGGAAGAAAGUUGACAACAACGGCUUCCAGGAGAGUUUGGCCAUGCAAAACAAGGGUGUCCAGAACGAAUUCAGGAACCGUCUUGAGCAGACCAAGGUCGCUUUCGCCGAGCAGGGUUUCAACUCGGAGCUCUACUACGAGAACAAGUCGAUGGCCAAGUUUGUGUCAUUGAUUCCCACAUCAGCCCACACUGGCGAAGGUAUCCCUGAUAUGUUGAAGCUCAUCGUUCAGCUGACACAGGAGAGGAUGGUUGGUUCUCUCAUGUAUCUCUCCGAGGUUCAGGCAACCGUGCUCGAAGUCAAGGCCAUCGAAGGUUUCGGUAUGACCAUCGAUGUGAUCUUGUCCAACGGUAUCCUGCGGGAAGGCGACAAGAUCGUUGUCUGUGGUACGGAAGGGGCCAUUGUAACGAAUAUUCGUGCACUUCUCACUCCAGCGCCACUUAAGGAACUACGUGUCAAGUCGGCAUACGUACACAACAAGGAGGUCAAGGCCGCUAUGGGUGUCAAGAUUAGUGCCCCUAACCUUGAAGGAGCCAUUGCUGGCUCUCGACUCCUGGUUGUCGGACCCGAUGAUGAUGAAGAUGACCUGGCGGAUGAGGUUGAGGGAGAUCUGAACAAGCUCUUCAGCCGUGUCGAAAAGUCCGGCCGUGGUGUCACAGUCCAAGCAUCCACCCUCGGUUCCUUGGAGGCUUUGCUCGACUUCUUGAAAGACUGUAAGAUCCCCGUCGCCAACGUUGGUAUCGGACCUGUUUUCAAGCGCGAUGUCAUGCAAUGCGGUACCAUGCUGGAAAAGUCUCCCGAUUACGCCGUCAUGCUUUGCUUCGAUGUCAAGGUUGACAAGGAAGCGAUGCAAUACGCCGAAGACCAAGGCAUCAAGAUCUUCACUGCGGACAUCAUUUACCAUCUCUUCGACAACUUCACAAAGCACAUGGACGAACAGCUCGCAAAGAAGAAGGAAGAAUCCAAGAUGCUUGCUGUCUUCCCCUGCGUGCUCAAGCCCGUUGCAGUUUUCAACAAGACCGGCCCGAUCGUCAUUGGUGUUGAUGUCGUCGAGGGGAGCCUGAGGAUCAACACCCCGGUUGCUGCUGUGAAGAACAACGCAGCUGGCAUCAAGGAGGUGAUUGCCAUAGGCAGAGUAACGUCCAUCGAGCGAGACCAUAAGCAGAUCCCCAUCUGCAAGAAGGGCCAACCUUCGGUAGCCGUGAAGAUCGAGAUGGGAGGCCACCAGCCCGUCUACGGCCGCCAACUGGAGGAGGCCGACACACUCUACAGUUUGAUCUCCCGUGCCAGUAUUAACACCCUGAAGGAGUUCUACCGCAAGGACAUGACGCCAGACGAGUGGCAGCUUAUAAUUAAGCUGAAGCCGCUUUUUGACAUCUCCUAA